ACUCCUUAGAGGAUUUCAAAAAAUAAUUUUGAACCCUCUAAAAUAUCCAAUAGCCAAAAAUACAAAAAACCAUUUUUUUUUAACUUGACAUAAUUUCCAUGGCUUCUUCUUCUAAUUCUUUAAUUUGUAUAAUUAUUUUGUUAAUUACAUCAUUUAAACAUGUUUAUGGAUGUUAUGAGUCGAUAAUUAGCUUUGGCGAUUCGUUAGCCGAUACCGGAAACUUAAUUCGCCUCUCAAAAUCCAAUAAAAUUGUUGCUUCAUCGGUUCUUCCUUAUGGUGAAACCUUCUUUCAUCAUCCUACCGGUCGAUUUUCCGAUGGUCGUCUCGUUAUAGAUUUUAUCGCGGAGGGUAUGGGAUUUCCACUUGUGCCACCCUAUGUUGGUGUUAUGAAAAACAUGUCAAGUAGCAAAAAUUCAAUAAGAGGAGUGAAUUUUGCAGUGGCAGGAACAACAGCUGUGGAUAUUUCAUAUUUAGAGAAAAGAGGAAUCAAAAAUCCAGCCACUAAUGUUUCAUUAGGAACUCAAUUGGAAUGGUUCAAACAAAUGUUACCAAUUUUGUGUGACUCACCAACAAGUUGCAAAGAAUAUCUUGAAAAUUCAUUAUUUUUAAUGGGAGAAAUUGGAGGAAAUGAUUAUAAUCAUCCAUUUUCUCAAGGAAAAUCAGGAGAAGAAGUUAAAUCACUUGUGCCUGCAGUUAUUUCAGCCAUUGGCCAAGGCAUUAAUGAAUUAAUUGAACUUGGAGCACAAACAUUGAUAGUACCUGGAAAUUUACCAAUUGGAUGUUCAGCUUCAUAUCUAACAAUUUUUAAAGAUUCAAAUAAAAAAGAUUAUGAUAAUUCAACUGGUUGUAUUAAUUGGUUAAAUGAAUUUGCUGAAUAUCAUAACCAAUUACUUCAACAAGAAAUUCAUAAACUUCGUGAAAUUCAUCCUCAUGCCAACAUAAUAUAUGCUGAUUACUACAAUGCAGCCAUGCAAAUUUACAAAUCUCCCAAAAAUUUUGGUUUUACAAGUACUAUUGUAGCAUGUUGUGGAGGGGGAGGUGUAUACAAUUAUGACUCAAAGAGACCAUGUGGAUCACCAUCUUCAAAUUAUUGUGAUACACCUUCUUCAUAUGUUAGUUGGGAUGGUGUACAUUUGACAGAGGCAGCAUAUAAAUUAAUAGCCAAAGGUUUAUUACAAGGUCCAUACACAAUUCCCCAAAUGAAUUAUGGACUUUAUAAUAAGGGAAUAUCAGACCAAUAGUGUAUAUUGUGUAUAUAUAAUUUGUCCAAUAUACAUUAGAGAUUUUUAUCUUGAAAAGUUGGAAUUGUAACAUACAUGGACCAACUUGUUUGAAAGUAGUCUUGUAGUUUUAGUUUUAUUCUUGAUAUGCAAAUGCAACUUCGUUUAAGUUUUUUACAAUUAUUCGAAUUAUUAUAGUCUAUAGAGAGAUGUACGGUUUUACGUGUAUCCAGUUUUAGCUAUUAUUAAUUUUGUAUAUAAGGGGAGUAUUAUGUAUUGUAAGAAUACAUCGUACAAAUUUAUAUUGAUUUUACGUUUA